AUGUUCGCAUACUGGUUUUCCUCCCUCUGCCGUUGGGCAACUGCGCCUGAGAAGCGACCUACGCACACGCAUGGUCUGGAUCCGAGAGUAGAUAUGCCCGGCGGCGAACAGCCGAUCGAGCAGCAACCUAUCGAACAGGGAACCUCGAGCGAACAAGACAAGCAGCGGACAUCAGUUAAAGAGGAUCCCUUCAUACUAGCCUCGUAA